AUGGAUCUCACUACCACUCUCCCCGCCGAGAUACUCGCACAUAUCUUCGCCUGCGUACAGGCCGUCGAUCCCAUGACCGGCAACCGAGACGACGCGCCAGGCUGGACGCGUGUCACCGCUGUCUGUAGUAGAUGGCGGCAUGUCGUCAUCGCAGAGGCGGCUCUGUGGGCACACUGGACACCUGAGCUAUGCCUGUUUGGCGGGGGACUCGAGAUGUUCAUCGCACGCAGCAAAAGUGCUCUAGUCAGCGUAUCAACCGGAAAAUCUAGAUCAUGUAGCCAGAGGUUUCGCCUCCUCGAAACGCUGGUCAAACACGUCAAUCGCGUCCGCGCCCUGUCUCUAUCUUGCGUCGACACGGAUCACGAUCUAUACCUUGUGCCUAUUAAGAUCGUAACAGACAACUCCUUUGAAUUUCUGGUAUCCUGUCAUGUGCAGAUUGACUAUCUCUUCCCGGAGGACAUAAAGGUCCCCUUAGUCCUAUUCCGAGGACAAGCGCCCCGUCUUCGACACCUUGUCUUGGACUUUCGCCUGCUAUCACUCGAUGUCCUUGACUGGACAUCGUCGAUCUUCAACAACCUUAUCUCUCUCGACCUAACGAUGCUACGCGAGCAGUACAUCUUUGACACGGCGGACAUUGUGAACCCCCUCCGACGAAUGACGAAUCUCUCUCUGCUUGCAAUCGAACACUGGGAAGACUUUGACACGCAUAGCGAAGACGAGGACGAGGCGGAACACGGGGGCCUGGACGCCAACGUCUCAGCAAGAGCCGGUAUCAGUGCUCGCGCGUCCGGCGAUCCCAUCGCCGUCCUGCCUUGUCUGAAGCUGUUUGUCAUCGUCGCACGACCUGACUACUUCCGUCGCUUCUUGCCCAAUAUCUUACUACCACCGUCCGCUUCUGUAGCGCUCGCAUCUCGCCUUGUCGCACGGAACGCGUUGUCGUUUCAGGACUACGAAGCCCUCUCCCGGGGUUUGUUAUCGGACAGCCGCACCGCAAAAGUCGCACCAUAUCGCGCAGCAUACCUAGCUUUCGACACCUGGCCACGAGAGUGCGUUAUCCUCAAGUGCACGCACGAGCCACUCCCGAGCAGCGCCUAUCCCGGACAACAUCCGCGCAGCGUAUUCCAUGCUAAAGAAAGGCAUUACAGCGACAACUAUGAUCUAUCGCUUCACCUCGCAGAGCCACACAUAUCCAACUUUCUCCCCCACCUAUUCGCGGAUCAUGUUACAAUGUUGACAUUGAACAAACUUCCGAGCAAUCUGAACGCACGUCUGCUACGCCCCUUCACCGGGGUUACGCAUCUCCGUAUCCUAGGUCCGCUCAGCAAGUCAACUCUAUCCUUUCUCUUCGAACCAGAAGACCUCGUCCUUCCAGCCUUACAGGAGAUCGACUUUGCGGACAUUCGCGGUCUCAAAGACCUCCUUGCCUACUUCAAGUUUGGAUCACGCCAUGGUUGGCAUCACUUCUGGGCCCUCGAGAGGAUUCUCAGCGUGCGAAGAGAAGAAGGACACCCUCUCAGAAGUGUAUAUGUGCACGUGCAGGACGAGAGUCAGCUCGUCAAUGAGGGUUGCCUGAAGGAUGUGGGGUUCGGUAAUUGGAAGUUGGACAAAAUGCGCUCGGCUCUUGCGCUAUUGGAUGACUUUGAUGAGGUUCAGAUUGUUGAGAAAGACAUUGACGUGUUCCUGAAGGACUCUUGA